UUUCAUGCGAAUUAUAAAAACUAUUGAAAAUUAUCGGUGACCGACCUCAAAUACAAGAAAAACCUCAAUUUCUCUUUUAUCAUCUAUUUGCCGCCGCCGCCUUCUCUACUAUAUCAAAACCUCUCUUCUCUAGUCUUUUCAAUCUAAGUCACACAGUUCUGUAUUCACGCUUCAAGCUUUGCUAGUCGAAAACAACAAUAGAAUAUCACAAGAAACUCAUGGGACCGAUGAUGAGAGCAGAAGAAGAUAACUACAAUCUGAGUCCUCCACCAUGGCUAAUCCCUAUGCUAAGAGCAAACUACUUCGUCCCCUGUUCGAUCCACGCCGCUUCCAACAAGAGCGAAUGCAACAUGUUCUGUCUUGAUUGCACUUCCAAUGCCUUUUGCUCUUACUGUGUGCUCAAUCACAGAAACCAUCGUGUCCUUCAGAUACGGAGGUCAUCAUACCACAACGUGGUGAGGGUGAACGAGAUUCAGAAGUACAUAGACAUCUCUUGCGUUCAGACAUAUAUAAUCAACAGCGCUAGGAUUGUGUUCUUGAACGAACGACCUCAGCCAAGAAUCGGCAAAGGCGUCACCAACACCUGUGAAAUCUGUUGCAGAAGCCUUCUUGAUUCUUUCCGUUUCUGCUCCCUCGGUUGCAAACUUGGAGGGAUGAAGCGAGGAGGGAAUGAUCCAAGUCUAACCUUCUCUCUGAGAGGGAAGCAUGGAAGAGAGCACGAAGGUGAGUGGGAAUCUGAUGAGGCGACCACACCUACUAAGAUACGGAAGACGACGUGUGCUUUCAACCGUCUUAUGAGUGGUCUCUCCAUUUCCACUGUUAAGUGUGACGACUACUUCUCAGGAGAUCAACGGUCCUCUAGCUCCGGUGAUGAGAGCGGCUUUAAUCUUUCUCCAGGGACGCCGCCGAUAUAUAAUCACCGGAACUCAAGCAGACGGAAGGGAAUCCCACACCGUGCUCCGUUCUGAAGUUGACUUUAAGAGUACCCUAACAAUAUACAAAAGUUAGAAAAUGUGGUCAUUAUGUUAUUGUAUAUGGCUAGUACUUAGUAUUUUGGUUUUCUUUUUGAAACUUUUUGAAACUAAUAGGAAUGUAUAGAUAUACGUAUGUUACAACGUUUUGCUUAAUAUAGAUUACUAGGUUGUAUACUCAAAAGGAUUGAAAUGUGUUUUUCAUAUAGUUGGCUGUAAAAUAUACGUUUGAAAUGAUAUAAGGUUCAUGUUAUGUUA